CGACCCGUCGUUCCCCAACGCUCCUCAAUCUUCAGGGAUCGCGUGGGAGAAGGAAUCCUUGAAGAAUUGUCAGUCUCCACUCUCCAAAACAUCCUUUACCGUUCAACCGUUAAUUGCUUAGAACCAAGAAUUGUCAUUGUCCCUGCUUAUCAAUUUGCUUACAGCGUUUCCCUUCCUCCAACCCACGUGAAAGAAGCGAAGUAUCUUCUCUGGAAAGCGAAUUUCUUCGACGCAGCUGUUGAAAGUUGAAAUCUUAUCCAAGUCAGUUUCUACGUUAUUUCCUCUUUGGAUUAUUCGAUAAAAACGCAUAUCUGGUAAUGGCAAAAGUAAGAUCGUCCGUGUCGCCGAGUCACCGUGUAUAGCGAUGAUUUUGACGAAGGCGUAUAAAUAUCGCUCUUUUCCUCCUGUUCUUCCUACAAUCAAUUCUCUGGUCCGGGUAUUCAAGCUGUUCUUGAGAUAAGAUUCAGAGGAAUUUGAUGCCAAGUUGAGCUUUGAGGGUUCAAACGUUGUUGAAUUUGACGAUAGACUUGUGUCUUUGAUGGAUCACGGAUCUCGAAAUCAUGGGUGCCCUCAUUAUGAGAGGAGAUGCAAGAUCAGAGCUCCAUGCUGCAAUGAGAUCUUUGAUUGCAGGCAUUGCCAUAAUGAUGCAAAGAAUGCAUUGGAGAUCGAUCCUCGUGAUCAACAUGAUCUUCCUCGCCAUGAUAUUCAAAAGGUGAUAUGCUCUCUAUGUAGCACAGAGCAAGAUGUUCAGCAGAACUGUAUAAAUUGUGGGGUUUGCAUGGGGAAGUACUUCUGUGCACAGUGCAAAUUCUUCGACGAUGAUGUUUCGAAGAAUCAAUACCAUUGUGAUGAAUGCGGAAUCUGCAGAAUUGGAGGCAAGGACAAUUUUUUUCAUUGUAAGACAUGUGGAUGUUGCCACUCAAAGAUGAUGAAAGAUUCACACCGUUGUGUUGAAAGAGCAAUGCACCACAAUUGCCCUGUUUGCUUUGAGUAUCUUUUUGACACAUUGAGCAACAUUACUGUCUUACCUUGUGGACAUACCAUACAUUUGGAAUGCGUGAAAGAGAUGGAGCAGCAUUACAGGUACUCAUGCCCUGUUUGCUCAAAGUCCAUCUGUGACAUGACCAAGUUGUGGAGAAAGCUGGAUCAAGAGAUUGCAUCAACUCCAAUGCCUGCCAUUUACCAAAACAAAUUGGUGUGGAUCCUCUGCAAUGAUUGCGGGGCAAACUCUCAUGUCCAGUUUCACAUUGUUGGAAACAAAUGCCAGAGCUGCGAGUCCUACAAUACUAGACAAACACGAGGCGGACCCACUAAUUCAUGCUCAUCAGAGAUGGCUGAGAUGAUGAUAUGACGGCCGAGUGACAAAGAUAUUGCACUUGGCUAGCCAUUCUUUUCAUUCACUGGCAUGCCAAUACAUGUCUCAGCAGAAGUUGGGUGUUGGGUGCAGCAACUCAUGUUUGGAGUUAUUACUUUCUGAUUACAUUGGUCAUAGGGGAAUAAGGCAUUCAAUCUAGCUUUUGUCUUGAUACCGGGCGUUGCUAUUGUAAACAAAUCCAGUAGUAGCUGCUGUACCAUAGUUCCAAGUUCUUUCAUUCUUUUUGCUGUAGGACAAGGUUUAAGUAGUUUCUUAAGAGUUAGUAUAUUUAUUUCCUUUUCUUAUUAGAAGUCUAUUUUUAAUAGAAUUAUUAAGAGUUUUAAUGGUUAAUGGGAAUUCUAGUGGAAUUAGUAUUUUUAAUUUUA